AUGGCUGUGGCUAUGGAUGAAGGUAAUGCUGCUGUGCCUGUGGAUGAGGCGGCAGAUGCGGCGGCGGCCAUGCUCCCGUCGUGGGCUGCUCCUGGUGAUGAAGACCCGCAUGGUUGCGUCGCUGCCUGUCUCUCGGCUCCGUGGACCGCUGUGCCGAUUGCUGCGAGGCGCCCAGGUCGUGGUCGCCCAACUGAGGCAGAUUUGCUGGACGAGCCGUAUCCUGGCCUGUUUGCCCGGCUGGUGCCGGCUACCGCCGAGUCUGAGGCCGUGCUCAUCUCGCUCCCGCUGGUGCCGCAGGCGUCGGGCAUUGACGCCUCGGAGCUCUGCCUUCCAUCGCUGCCGCUGGCCAAGCUUGCUGCUGCCGCGCCCGAGCUCGGCAUACUCAUCCACGCCCCAUCCUGGACUCGUACGCCAGCCUUGGUGCUAAAGGCGCUGGACGGCCCGCUCGACGCGCUGAGCGGCCUGCAAGCACUGAUGAUUCGCAACGGAGUGCUGAGGCAACUGCCGCUAUCGGCACCAUUGGCGCAUCUAGUCCACCUGGACCUGCGCAACAACGCGCUCAGUGUGCUUCCUCCAGCGCUGGCAGGCUGCGGUGCGCUCGUCACCAUCGACGUCAGCUCCAAUGCGCUGUCGGACGGCCACGCGCUUGCCGAUGCACUCCCGCGCCACAACGGAGCACUCACUGUCGUCAUCGCCUCAAGCAAUCCGCUGGUCAGUCUUGACGCCGCCGUCAUCCUCGAUGCACCGACAUUGCAGGUCCUUGCGCUGGCUGCCACCGAGCUCCGCGAGUUCCGCACUGACGCCGGAAACACGGAUCGGAUCCUGGGACCGCACCUCACUGUCCUAGAUCUAUCAUCGAACCAGCUUGCGGCCGAUCGUGUGGCUCUUGGCUCGCUGCCAUGGCUCUCAGCGCUGUAUCUCUCGGACAACUCUCUCGACCCCGCCGCACUUUGCGACGCGCUGAGAUCCGACCCAAGCAUGCUUUGCGCCGAUCGGCUCGAACUCCUCGACCUCACUUUUAACCACAACGCUGAGUCUGUGCCCAAGGUCGAAGACAUGCGCGGUCUGUUUCCCGCCCUGCAAGAGCUGCGGACCGAUGCGGCAACGGUAGCCAUGGUCGCGUCGGAUCCGGAUGAACCGUGUGCCGCCUGCGGCCACGUCGGCGACAAGAGUCAGAUCCUCAUUCUCUGCGAUGGCUGCGCCGAGGGCUUCCAUCCGACCUGUGUUGGCCUACAUGCUCCGCCAACCACGUCGGCCUGGUGCUGCCCCGACUGCGAGACCUACCUCGAUCCUACCGCCGCUCUCGACCUUGGCGACAACGACGAUGACGACUACGAUGGCGCAAUCCCGAUGGUGUAA